AUGGCUGCAUCGACAAGCGGGUUGAGAUUUUUCUAUUCUUCCACAAGAUCUGUGCGCCAGACGGGAGCAGUGGCUCCCAGUGGCUACCGUGGCUAUGCUACAACAGAUGCUUCCCCAUCCGCCACCGGUGCUGCUCCCGGAACAACGCCGCGUCGUCGGACAACCUUCAAGGAUAAGCUUAAUGCCGGUCCUUCUUUUGCUGAUUUUGUUUCCGGUGGCAAUAAUACUACUCCCCUUGAUCCAUCCGAAGCCUACGCCCUCAAAACGGCGCUCGUCGGGCCCGCCGGCCGCAAGAAGGAAAUGACCCGUUUGCCGUCCUGGCUGAAGACCCCCAUUCCUGACUCGAAGAACUACCAACGACUGAAGAAAGACCUCCGAGGCUUGAAUCUACACACCGUUUGCGAGGAAGCCCGGUGUCCCAAUAUCUCUGACUGCUGGGGGGGGAGUGACAAGUCCGCCGCAACAGCCACGAUCAUGCUCAUGGGCGACACUUGCACUCGUGGCUGUCGCUUCUGCAGUGUGAAGACCUCUCGUACUCCUCCUCCGCUCGAUCCGCACGAACCUGAAAAUACCGCCGAGGCCAUCUCACGAUGGGGCCUGGGUUAUAUCGUCCUGACGAGUGUUGACCGCGACGAUCUCGUGGACGGCGGUGCUCGCCAUUUCGCGGAGACCGUCAUCAAGAUCAAGCAGAAGGCUCCUAAUAUCCUCGUCGAGUGUUUGACCGGUGAUUACGGCGGUGACCUCGACAUGGCGGCUCUGGUUGCUCGGUCAGGGUUGGAUGUGUAUGCCCAUAAUGUCGAGACGGUGGAAGCCCUUACGCCGCAGGUCCGGGACCGUCGGGCCACAUUCCAGCAGUCCAUCCGUGUGCUCGAUGCCGCCAAGAAGGCCGAACCGUCACUUAUCACGAAAACCUCGCUCAUGCUGGGUCUAGGCGAGACAGAAGAACAGCUCUGGGAUGCGCUUCGGCAGUUGCGCGCAGCGAAAGUGGACGUCGUCACAUUCGGUCAGUACAUGCGUCCGACGAAACGUCACAUGGCGGUGCAUGAGUAUGUCACCCCGGAUCAGUUCGAGCUCUGGCGCCAGCGGGCUCUAGACAUGGGCUUCCUCUAUUGCGCCUCUGGACCUCUGGUUCGCAGCAGUUACAAGGCCGGUGAGGCGUUCAUUGAGAAUGUGUUGAAGAAGAGACGUGCAGCCGCCGGCGGAGCAGGAGAGGAAACUGUCCGCAAUACGAAAGCAUCCGUUGAUGAGGCAACACGUUGA